AUCAUGGAUGGUCCUUACAUAACUGGUAAAAGUGUUGAUGGAUCAAUCAUCCCUCUUCCUGAUAGACUUACUACCUAUAAACCCUGGGUCUUUCAUUGGCCUGAGGAAAAGAAAGAGGUCGAGCCUGAGGACACUACUGGUUCCAAUAAUGAGUUUCUUCCAUCUUCAGAGGUGAAAGGUAAAUAUAAAGUUGUGGUUUCCAAGAAAAGAAAGAGAUCUUUUCCUUCUCUUAUGAACAUUUUCUCUCGCGAUGAUGCCUUGCUUUCUCCUGAGGAUUCUUCCUCUGCAUCUUCUAUGGAGAUCCUCUCUGAUCUUUUUAGUAACUCUUUAUCAACUAUUAAUAAUCCCGCGUUGGGUCGAGCAUGUGAUGUGAAUUUUGAUUUUAUUCAUGUUAUUCAUAAUUCCCGCUUUCUUUAUGUCGAUGAAGAACUCGCGUAUGUCUCAUGCUGUCAUCAAUGA